AUGGGAAAGCUAAAGCGGCGGAUAAUGCCCGAGGACAUUGUGAUCAACAUUCGUUGUGCCUUCCUCCUCUCUCUCGCUGCACAUGGGGAAGCUGAAGCGGCGGAUAAUGCCGAGGGCAUUGUGAUCCACGCUGCAUCUUCCCCUUGCCCCUUUCCCCCUCUCACUCGCCUCUAUCCCUCCACUUGCCCCCUGCAUUACCCUCCUGGCCAGAUGGGAAAGCUGAAGCGGCGGAUAAUGCCCGAGGUCAUCGUGAUCAACAUGGUGCCUUUCCCCCUGCCCCCCCCUGCUCCCCUUCUACCUCCUCCCUGUCUGCCGCUGCAGAUGGGCAAGCUAAAGCGGCGGAUAAUGCCCGAGGACAUUGUGAUCAACAUAGGCAAGGAGGCACCCGUGCCUGAAUGCCCCAUACCCGGCCACAGGUGGAAGGAGGUGCGGCAUGAUAACACAGUCACGUGGCUGGCGUACUGGUUCGACCCGAUCAACCAGAAGGACUUCAAAUACGUCUUCCUGGCGCCCAGCAGCCGCCUCAAGGGGUUGUCAGACAAGGAGAAAUACGAGAAGGCGCGGAAACUUAAAGACCACAUAGGCAAGAUCCGUGCCACGUACACAAAGCACUUCACGUCCAAGGACGACCAGAUUCGACAGGUGGCUGUCGCAACCUACCUCAUCGAUCGGCUGGCACUGAGAGCAGGGAAUGAGAAGGACGACGACGAGGCGGACACGGUGGGUUGCUGCUCGCUCAAAGUGGAGCACGUCACGCUCGUGCCGCCCUCCUCGCUACAGUUUGACUUCCUGGGUAAGGACUCGAUCCGCUAUUUCAACACGGUGGAGGUGGAGCCGCUGGUGUACAAGGCGAUAGGGACGUUCAGGAAGGGCAAGAAGAAGGACGAGGACCUGUUUGAUAAGCUCGACACCACGAGGCUCAACUCGCACCUCAAGGAGAUCAUGCCCGGGCUCACAGCGAAAGUCUUCCGUACCUACAACGCGUCGGUUACCCUCGACACGCUGCUGCAAGACACGGUAGGGAGCCUGGUGGUGGAGAAGGUAGCGGACUACCAGCGCGCCAACAAGGAGGUGGCCAUUCUGUGCAACCAUCAGCGCGCCGUGUCCAAGGCACAUUCCGCGCAGAUGGAGAAAAUGCAAGCCAAAUUGAAGGAGCUGGAGGACGCGGUGGAGGAGAUGGAGGAGGAUUUGGAUCGAGCACAGAAGGGACGGCCGCCCGUGAAGAGAGAAGGCGAGGGUGCCAGGAAGGUCAACCCCGAAGCACUCGAGAAGAAGCUGGCACAAUCCAAGGCGCGGCUGGAGAAGAUGAAACUCGACAUGAGCAUAAAGGACGAGCUCAAGACGGUGGCGCUGGGCACAUCAAAGAUCAACUACAUGGACCCGCGUAUCACCAUCGCCUGGUGCAAGCGCCAUGAGGUGCCUAUAGAGAAGAUCUUCAACAAGUCGCUGCUUGCCAAGUUCGGAUGGGCCAUGGAUGUCUCUCCGGAUUUUCGCUUCUAA